CCUCACUCAAAGACUCUCCCUCGAUUUCAAGUCUAUUUCGUCAGUUACCAUUGAACUCUUUCGGGAAUAAUACGGCCUACUCUGCAAACCAAGAGACUCCAAUACAUACGAUAUAAACACAAAUCCUUAAUGUCAAAUUUACAACUGACAGACAAGGCUUCCAAAGCUCUAUCGGAUGCACAUGAGUCUGCAUCUCAAUAUGGACACCCGCAGGUCACUCCUGUACACCUUGUCUGUGCCUUAAUAGAUGGACCACAAGUUGAAAAUGACACAGCGCCAGCGGGAGCGGCACCAGCUUCGUCGUCGCCCUCUUUGCUACGUCAGGUUAUCGAGAAAGCAAAUGGAGAUUUUCAGACCUUUGAGCGAGCAGUUAAGAAGGCCCGAGUACGGAUGCCUUCGCAAGACCCACCGCCAGACCAAGUUUCAUUUUCACCAUCCCUUUCUAAAGUCCUCCGCGAUGCUCAGAAAUUACAAAAAACCCAACGCGACUCCUAUAUUGCUCAAGAUCACCUAAUCUCGGCAGUAGCCCAGGACUCCGGAAUCCAGAAACUAAUGGUUGAAGCCGGUAUCCCAAAGGUUUCCUUGCUCGACGAUGCGGUUCAAUCUUUGCGCGGGACCAGGAGAGUGGAUUCACAGAAUGAGGAGAGUGUGGAGAGCGAAAAUCUUUCAAAAUACUGCGUGGAUCUCACUCAGCGGGCUAGAGAUGGAAAAUUGGAUCCCGUCAUUGGAAGGGAACAAGAGAUUCUCCGUGUUGUCCGGAUCUUGUCCAGACGAACAAAGAAUAAUCCCGUUCUUAUUGGUGAGCCUGGAGUUGGUAAGACCAGUGUCGUGGAGGGGUUAGCAACCAGAAUAAUCAAUGCCGAUGUUCCUGCGAAUUUGGCUAGCUGCAAGUUACUCACUCUCGAUGUUGGAUCCCUCGUCGCAGGAACCAAAUAUCGCGGAGAAUUUGAGGAUCGUAUGAAGGCGGUGUUGAAAGAAAUUGAAGAUUCUAAGCAAAUGAUUGUACUUUUCAUAGAUGAGAUCCAUCUGCUGAUGGGAGCUGGAAGUUCUGGAGAAGGUGGAAUGGACGCAGCAAAUCUCCUCAAACCCGCACUCGCUAGAGGCCAACUACAUUGUAUUGGCGCUACUACACUGGCGGAGUAUAGAAAAUACAUUGAAAAGGAUGCCGCUUUUGAACGCAGAUUCCAGCAGGUUUUAUGCCCGGAGCCGAGUGUCCCCGAAACUAUCUCAAUUCUUCGAGGUCUCAAAGAACGUUAUGAGGUGCAUCACGGUGUGACGAUCAGUGACGGAGCUAUCGUUGCUGCUGCUACCCUUGCAUCUCGGUACCUCACUGCACGUCGUCUUCCGGAUUCCGCUAUCGACUUGAUCGACGAGGCUGCAUCUGCAGUCCGUGUCACCCGAGAAUCCGCUCCCGAAAUUGCAGCGAACUGCGAGCAGGCUGAGCGUCUCGAGGCCGAGAAGCUAGAAGCCGAGCAAGAUGCCGCCAUUUCAUCGGCAAACGGGACUGGAGAGAACAAUCCUAUGUUGACCGAUUUGGUCGGCCCUGAACAAAUCAACGAGAUUGUGGCCAAAUGGACCGGUAUCCCGGUGACAAGACUGAAGACUACCGAGAAGGAGAAGUUGUUGAAUAUGGAGAAGUACCUAUCGAAGCAAGUCAUCGGGCAGCGCGAGGCUGUCAAAGCGGUAGCCAAUGCCAUUCGAUUGAGCCGAAGCGGUCUCAGCAACCCCAACCAACCUAUCGCUAGUUUCUUGUUUUGUGGACCUUCUGGGACUGGUAAAACUUUGUUGACGAAGAGUUUGGCCGAGUUCUUAUUCGAUGAUCCUAAGAGCAUGAUCCGCUUUGAUAUGUCCGAGUACAUGGAGAAGCACAGUGUAUCCAGGCUUAUCGGUGCUCCACCUGGAUAUAUUGGACACGAUUCUGGUGGUCAACUCACCGAGGCUCUUCGCCGACGCCCAUUCUCUAUCCUCCUCUUUGACGAAAUUGAGAAGGCAGCAAAGGAGGUCCUCACCGUACUUCUACAACUCCUCGACGAUGGGCGCAUCACAGAUUCCACUGGCAGAAUUGUGGACGGCAAAAACACCGUAAUCAUUAUGACGAGCAACCUCGGAUCCCAAUACAUUUCCUCUCAUUCCCACUCAGAAGACGGCAGGAUAGACCCAACGACGAGGGAACUCGUAAAUGAAGCGAUUAGGCAGCAUUUCCUCCCUGAGUUCAUCAACCGCAUAUCCAGUAUCGUCAUAUUCAACCGCCUCGCAAAGAGGGAGAUCCGUAAGAUUGUCGACCUCAGAUUAGUUGAUAUCCAGAAGCGUCUGCGAAGCAACAACCGCAAUGUCAUCCUCCUCGUCGACGAGCAGGCAAGGGACUACUUGGGCGAAGCUGGAUACUCUCCCAGUUAUGGUGCCCGCCCACUGAACAGAGUCAUCGAGAAGGAGAUCCUCAACAAGCUUGCCGUCUUAUUGCUGAGAGGUGCCAUCAGGGAGGGGGAAGUCGCACACAUCACUAUGGACGAGACUGGACAUCGGAUUGUCGUUCUACCGAAUCACGAUAGUGAUAUCGAAGAAGACGAGGAUAUGGACUAUAUCGAGGAGGAUGCGCAAGGCAUGGGUGGUGAAGAUCCGGACAUUGAGCUGUAUGGAUAAGCUCAUUUUUAUUUUUUUCAUGUAAAUUAGAUGGGUUUCUCAUGCUGCUUUUUCCUUUUACUAGUAUCAUACUUUGUAAUUCCUGUUGUCUAACGCCCCCUGUUUCGAGAAAAAAAAGUCAUGUUUUCCUCUCUUCUGUUGCACCUCCUCUCUUUCAACAUUUUGUUCGUCUUUUCUAAGGUGGGUCUCGUAAAAAAUUUUGUUUAUUCCUGAGCUCUUUUUUCCUAUCCCUCCCCAGGGUACCUAAUUUUAUUGUUGGUGUUGUCGCUGAGAUUAUUGACAUACCUACAUAUCUGUGGUAGAAAAAUGGAAACUUGAAGAUUGUCAUAUUUGGUUACUUGUAGUUAGUUACGGGUAACUUUGCCAAUCCAGAGGAGAAUUCCAUUUUAUUCUAGUCCAAUUUAAAAGCAUCAUUGUCAAACA